ACCACACGCCACGAAACGAACAACAAAAAAAAGAAAGAAAAAGAAAAAAAAAGGAGAAAAAAAAAACACAACCGCGUCGCCCUCCUCCGCCUCCCAACCCCCCUCCUCGCCGCGGCGGCCAAGUCGCCGCCCGCCGCCGCCAUCAGAGUCCACGCCCAAGUCGUCGCCUCCAUCCACCUCCACCUCCUCGCGGUUUCCAUCCCGCGAAGCCUUGGCAACGAAGGAUUCGUGCUCCGAUUUGGAGAAUUGGGGGGGGGGGGGGGAGGGAUUUGAUCUUGUGGUGGUUUGGGUGAUCGGUGGCGAUGGGGGAGGGCGCGGCGGGGUCGUGGUACGUCACGAGGGAUGAGGUCGAGAGGGGUUCGCCGUCGAGGAGGGACGGCGUCGGCGCCGCCAAGGAGGCCGAGCUCCGGGCGACCUACUGCUCCUUCAUCCGCGACGUCGGCCUCAGGCUGCAGCUGCCUCAGGUGACAAUCGCGACGGCAACCUUGCUCUGCCAUCGCUUUUAUCUCCGACAGUCUCACGCCAAGAACGAGUGGCAGACCGUUGCAACUGUCUGCGUAUUUCUUGCUUCGAAGAUUGAAGACACACCUUGCCCAUUACAACGUGUCAUCAUUGUGGCAUAUGAAACCAUGUACCGGAAAGACUGUAACGCUGCUCACAGAAUCUACCAGAAGGAAGUUCUUGAGAAGCAGAAAGAGCUCAUUUUGGUAGGGGAGACGCUGUUGCUUUCAACAAUUAGGUUUGAUUUCAACAUACAGCAUCCUUACGAGCCACUAAAGCUCGCUCUCAAGAAGCUGGGCAUUUUCCAGAUGGAAGUGAAACAAGUUGCGGUGAAUCUAAUAAAUGAUGCGAUUCGGACUACUUUGGUUGUGCAGUUUAAACCUCACUACAUAGCAGCAGGGUCCCUCUACCUUGCUGCUAAGUUUAAUAAUUUUAGACUUCCUUCUGAUGGAAAAGUAUGGUGGCAUGAGUUUGAUGUUGCUCCAAAGCAGUUACAAGCUGUUAUCCAACAAAUGACAGAGCUAUUUAUGGGAAGAAACCCAUGCUCCAUGGGUCCUGCCAUCAGGCCACCGCCAACUCCAAGUCUGAUGGAGAGACAGCAGGUGAUCAGGCCACCACCAACUCCAACUCUGAUGGAGAGACAGCCGAUAAUCAGGCCACUGCCAACUCCAACUCUGAUGGAGAAUCAGCACAUAACACACUCUUUGGGCGCUGUUAUGAGGCAUACGCACUCUUCAAUAAGAAGUCUAAGCAAUAACUUUGAUAGAGAGGCUUCUAGGUCUUUGCCUUUGAACAUUCCAGCUAAUCGCAAAUCAACUGUUUGCCCAGCAAGGAAUGAAGGCAAUCAGUCACUGCGAAUGCAUAUGGGUCAUAGCAAUGGCAGUGAUGCAAGGUUUGAGAAACAAUAUUCCCGGGGAGCUCUGAAAGCAGAUCAUGUUUACCAUGUUGUCAGCGGACAGAAGGAUCUUCAUGUGACAGGAAUCAGGGACUUGGUUAGGCAGAAGAGAACAUUCCAUGAAGUUGGAGAGCAUCCAGCUCCUAUUGAUAAAUCUGACACUAAGUCCUGGAUCAGGAAGCGACAUGGAAGAAAUGUGAUAGUUUUUGACACUAAGUCAUCAUCUUGGAAGAAACAGAAGCUGUGAUUUUAGAGAAGUUAGUCAUAUCUAUUUGUAAAGACCCAUUGUCUCGAUCUAUAGUUUCCCACCAAAACAAAGGUUUCUUAGAAUGAUGAGAUGAAGUAUCAUCAUGAAAGAUGAUAUGGAUCGAGUAACUUAAUCUGCUGGCGUACAGCAAUUGCUCAUAAUUUGCCUUGGGAAGACAACAAAGUGAUUCAGAUUCAUAUUUCAAUGAUAAUGUAUGCCAUUUUUCCCUGUAUAUAUAUAUGAAUAGAGAUCAAAAGCGCUAACUGUGAGUAGAAUCAGCCAUGUGGCGCAAAGUUUUGUAAUCUGAUUUCAUGUGUGAUAGCAUUUGUUUUUCUUCUAAUGUAGCCUAGGAAACAUUUUCCUUUCUUGUAGUGGGCCUAGGAAACAAUCUUGUAUAAUCAUAUAUACCUUUGUUAGCGUUUAUAUAAUGAAAUUUUGUUUUCAUUGGUUUCU